AUGACUCAGAACAAACCCCUCAUUGUUAUAGUCCCUGGUGGUUUUUGCAGUCCCGAUAUUUACGAGGAUGUUGCCAAUAUUCUCCGAGAGGACGGCUUCACAGCCAAGGUCAUCAGGUUAACAACCUGUGGAAACGUACCGAUAGAAAAUCCCACCCAUGAUGAAUGCAAAGCCCUUGCCGACAAAGGCAUGCUCGACGACGUCAAAGAGAUUCACGACAACAUAGCGAAGGAGCUUGAUGAGGGCUCUGAAGUUGUUCUCUUUGGUCACAGCUACGGAAGUCUUGUGGGCCUCCUCGCUAUUGAAGGCUAUACUUUGGAGGAACGAAAGGCAAAAGGACUUGCUGGAGGAAUCAAAGGAUAUGCGGCUGUCGCUGGAUUCGCGUUUACUGUGCGAGACAGGAACAUUUAUGGCACGACAGAACAAGGGCCCGUGAUGCCUAAUCAUUCACACGAGACGGGUGGCCUUGUGCAUCUACACGACACCUUCAAAGCAUCCUUCUACAGCGAUCUGUCGACCAGCGAACAAGACGAGGCUUGGAAAAAGGUCCUGGGAAGCCAAAGCCGUAAAAGCUUCGAUCAUCUCGCAGGCUUUAUCAAUUCGGAUGUCAAGAUCCCUACGACAUAUGUCAAGUGUGAAAAUGAUCAAGUUCUACCUGCGGCGAUUCAAGCCAAUAUUAUCCAGGCAGGAGGAUUUAAUAAAGUGGAACACCUGCUCUCUGGUCAUUUUCCAUUUUUGAGCAUGCCAAAAGAGACGGCGCAGCUUUUUGAACGGAUUGCUAUGGCAUAA